UACUGCAUCCAAGCCAAGUGUGCGAUUUUCAUGACUGAUGUGCGUGCUGGGAUAGUAUUAUUCUCAUUGUUAUGAAUAUAGACAUAGUAAAGAUAGAGACGGCUCUCACACACAAAUUAAAGUGAGGAGGAAUAAUUACCAUCGGAAAGAUUUCGCCAUCUCGCUAGUACUUAAAUCUAAAAAUAUAAAAUAUUUUGCGCAAUAUUUUGAUUUCUCAAAAGAGAGAGAUGCGGCUAGUUGACUGUCUCUGUCUCACUUUUUACGCGCGGAAACGGCUUGAAUUACCUUGACAGUCUACCUUCGCUACAUUUAUGCUUUAUAAGUAUAAGUAGUUUUUGAAGAAAUGGAAUUGCAAUUUGUAGAUAUAGAGCGAGACUAUAGUACAACAUAGGUAUAGACAAUAUCAUAGAUAGUAGAAAUGUUUAAUGCAAUAACAUGUGCACUAGUAUACUUUGUACUGUCAUGUGUUGUUUUGACGGUAACAUACAAGACACUACUGUAUCGGAGAUGAGCCGUUUGUUUUGAAACACUUCUACGUAUAGAUAGAAAAUAUAUACACCACAUUUACUUAUCAAUGGCUAUUUGAACCUUCGAUUUUUAUUAAUUAAGAAAUGGCAACAAGAGCAAAGAUGCACGUUUUAAAGCGCAAUGGUUUUAAGCAGGAAGUCAAUUUUGAUAAAAUUACCCAGAGGAUUAGAAAAUUAUGUCAUGGUUUGAAUAUGGAUUAUAUUGAUCCACUUGCUAUUACACAGUGUGUCAUCAAUGGACUUUAUCCUGGUGUUAAAACAGUAGAACUUGAUAAUUUGGCUGCGGAAAUUGCAGCAACAAUGACAACCAAGCAUCCAGAUUAUGCAAUAUUGGCAGCAAGAAUUGUGAUAUCAAGUUUGCAUAAAGAAAAUAGAAAAACAUUCAGUGUCAUGGAUGAUUUGUAUAAAGUGAUUGACCCGAUUACAAAAGAACAUAAGCCAAUGAUAAGCGAAGAGUACAAUAAUAUAAUUCAAAAACAUAAAGAUAGACUAAAUUCUGCCAUAGACUAUGACAGAGAUUUUGUCUUUAACUAUUUUGGAUUUAAAACCUUGGAGAAAAGUUACUUAUUCAGGAUUAAUGGACAAGUGGUUGAGCGACCACAAGAUAUGCUUAUGAGAGUUGCAGUAGCUCUUCAUAAAGAGGAUCUUGAAAAAGUCAUAGAGACAUAUAAUUAUACUUCUGAACGUUACUUCACACAUGCAUCUCCUACACUUUUUUUUGCAUGUACUAUACACCAACAAAUGUCCAGUUGUUUUAUUCUUACCAUGAUUGAAGAUAGUAUAGAAGGAAUUUUCGAAACAUUAAAGAGAUGUGCAAUUAUUAGCAAAUCCGCAGGUGGUAUUGGUAUAAGUGUUCAUAAUAUUAGAGCUAAAGGAACUGCGAUUGCUAGCAAUAAUGGAUUUGCAAAUGGAUUAGUACCUAUGAUCAGAGUAUUCAACAAUACAGUACGCUUUAUUGAUCAAGGUGGAAACAAAAGGCCUGGUGCAUUUGCUCUUUAUCUAGAGCCCUGGCAUGCAGAUAUUUUUGAAUUCCUUGAUUUAAAAAAAAAUAUUGGUAAGGAAGAAUAUAGAGCAAGGGAACUGUUUUAUGCCUUAUGGAUCCCAGAUUUAUUUAUGCAAAGAGUACUUGACAAUGAGAAAUGGAGUUUAAUGUGUCCACACGAAUGUCCAGGCUUACCUGAUGUUUGGGGAGAUGAAUUUAAUAAACUGUACAUAAAAUACGAAGAAGAAAAACGUUAUAAACGUCAAAUUGUCGCAAGAGAUUUAUGGACUGCCAUUUUAAAAGCACAAGUUGAAACUGGAACUCCUUAUAUGCUCUAUAAAGAUCACUGCAAUCGUAAAUCAAAUCAACAAAAUCUUGGAACUAUUAAAAGCAGUAAUUUAUGCACUGAAAUUAUACAAUACUCUUCUCCAAACGAAGUAGCAGUGUGUAAUUUAGCAUCCAUUGCUGUUAAUAUGUUUGUUGAUGUUGAAACACAGUACUACAAUUUUCUAAAAUUGAAAGAAGUUGUUAAAACUGUUGCUAAGAAUUUAGAUAAAAUUAUUGAUCUGAAUCAUUAUCCACUCAUCGAAGCAGAAAAAUCCAAUUUAAUGCACAGACCAGUUGGUAUCGGGGUACAAGGAUUGGCAGACGCUUUUUUGUUAAUGCGCUAUCCAUUCGAGAGUAAAGAGGCUCAGCAGCUAAAUAUUCAAAUUUUCGAAACAUUAUAUUUUGGAGCUUUAGAAGCUAGUUGUGAAUUGGCCAAAGAAAAUGGACCAUAUUCUUCCUACAAUGGUUCACCAGUAAGCAAAGGAAUAUUACAGUAUGAUAUGUGGAAUGUGACUCCAACCAACUUGUGGGAUUGGGCUGCAUUAAAAUUGAAAAUAGCCAAGUAUGGAGUUCGUAAUUCACUACUUCUUGCACCAAUGCCAACAGCUUCUACAGCUCAGAUAUUGGGAAACAAUGAAUCAGUGGAGCCUUACACAAGUAAUAUUUACACUAGACGUGUUUUGUCAGGAGAAUUCAUUAUUGUUAAUCCACAUUUAUUAAAUGAUUUAACAAAGAGAAAUCUUUGGGAUGAUGAAAUGAAAAACGAAAUAAUUGCCAACAAUGGUUCUAUUCAGAAUGUAGGCCACAUUACGCAAGAUUUGAAAGAAUUAUAUAAAACAGUAUGGGAGAUACCUCAGAAAAUUAUUUUAAAAAUGGCUGCAGAUCGAGGCGCUUUUAUUGACCAAUCACAAUCUGUAAAUGUUCAUAUGGCUAAGCCUACAACUGAAAAACUUACUUCCAUGCAUUUUUAUGGCUGGAAAGCUGGUUUAAAGACGGGUAUGUAUUACUUAAGAACCAAACCAGCUGCCAAUGCAUUGCAAUUCACAGUCAAUAAGUCUCUUCUCAGGCCACAUGCUACUGAAGAAGUUAAAGAAAAAAGUAAUACUAUAAUGGAAAAUAAAGAAGAUGCUUGCAUGAUGUGUACUUGAACUAUAGUAUAACUUUAUUAUCUAUAUAAUUUUAUUAUUCUAUAUAUUUAAUAAUCUUCAUAUCAUAAUUGUUUUGGUAUAUUGUUACAGUUUUAAAUAUUACCAAAGAUAAUUUUUAUAGUUUUGUUGUUAUUGUUUUGUUAUCGCGUAAUAACACAAUACGCACGUUAUGGUUAUUAAUUUAUUUGUUGUUAUUGUUUUUAAGUUUCAUUUAUUAAAUGUAAAAUUUCUGGAUGUUUUUUAAUUUUGUAAAUUGUUACGUUUAUGCACAAAAGUCGUGAGCGAAUUCCGAGUUGUAUAAAGUCAGAUUUUAUAAUUUUGUAUCAAUAUGACCUUGUACUGUACCGAUGUGACUUAAAAGAAUACAUUUUUAGUGAAAUAAAACAUUACUUUUUUUAAAA